GUUCUCGCGAUAUUUUCGGUUGAACGGGAGCCCGGCGACCCGGGCUUCUGUGAAACAUGGCGGCCGGCUGGUACCGUAACACAAGCAUGAAUUUAUGAAAGAAGAAGAAGGUUUUCCUGAAGAUGAGGCGACUGAAUCGGAAAAAAACCUUAAGCUUGGUGAAAGAGUUGGAUGCCUUUCCAAAGGUUCCUGAUAGCUAUGUAGAGACUUCAGCCAGUGGGGGUACAGUUUCUCUGAUAGCAUUUACCACCAUGGCUUUAUUAACCAUCAUGGAAUUUUCAGUAUAUCAAGAUACAUGGAUGAAGUAUGAAUAUGAAGUAGAUAAGGAUUUUUCUAGCAAAUUGAGAAUCAAUAUAGAUAUUACUGUUGCUAUGAAGUGUCAGUAUGUUGGAGCAGAUGUAUUGGAUUUAGCAGAAACAAUGGUUGCAUCUGCAGAUGGUCUAGUUUAUGAACCAGUAAUAUUUGAUCUUUCACCACAGCAAAAAGAGUGGCAGAGGAUGCUGCAGCUGAUUCAGAGUAGACUUCAAGAAGAACAUUCACUUCAAGAUGUGAUAUUUAAAAGUGCUUUUAAAAGUGGAGUAACAGCACUUCCAACAAGGGAAGAUGAUUCAUCACAGCCUCCAGAUGCUUGCAGAAUUCGUGGUCAUCUCUAUGUCAAUAAAGUAGCGGGGAAUUUUCACAUAACUGUGGGCAAGGCAAUUCCACAUCCCCGAGGUCAUGCACACUUGGCAGCACUUGUCAACCAUGACUCUUACAACUUUUCUCACAGAAUAGAUCAUUUGUCUUUUGGAGAGCUUGUUCCAGGAAUUAUUAAUCCUUUGGAUGGAACUGAAAAAAUUGCUGUAGACCACAACCAGAUGUUCCAAUAUUUUAUUACAGUUGUGCCAACAAAACUACAUACAUAUAAAAUUUCAGCAGACACCCAUCAGUUUUCUGUGACAGAAAGGGAACGUGUCAUUAACCAUGCUGCAGGCAGCCAUGGAGUCUCUGGGAUAUUUAUGAAAUAUGAUCUCAGUUCUCUUAUGGUAACCGUCACUGAGGAGCAUAUGCCUUUCUGGCAGUUUUUUGUAAGACUCUGUGGUAUUGUCGGAGGAAUCUUUUCAACAACAGGCAUGUUACAUGGAAUUGGGAAAUUUAUAGUUGAAAUAAUUUACUGUCGUUUCCGACUUGGAUCCUACAAACCCGUCAGUUCUGUCCCCUUUGAGGAUGGCCACACAGACAACCACUUACCUCUUUUAGAAAAUAAUACACAUUAGCACCUCCUGAAUGAAGGAGAAAAACUUUUUGCCUGAGACAUAAAACCUUUUU